AUGAGUUCAUUGAACGAGUUGUUCAAGAAGUUGGAAGUGCACUCUGCGAACGAGGAGCACCAGGAAGUGUUUGACACCAGUUACGAGAUUCUCAAGAGCUCUCCUCACGAUGCGAGAGCCUUUAGAUGGACCAUUGUUUCUUCAAUCAAUUUGGAUCAAUAUUUGACUGCUUUGAAAGUGUUCAAGAACUAUCCACAAGCUGAUACUGGUGAUUUGUUAUUGGAAAAUCUGUACGUGUAUUACAAAUUGAAUUUGAAUAAGGAACUAGCUCAACAUUUCGAAGAUCUUGGUGAUAAAGUGAAUGAAAACAAAGGUUUAUUACACUUGAAGGCCCAAUUCUUGUAUAGAACAGGUGAUUAUGAAGCUGCUUUGAGUCACUACCAUGAACUGAUAAAUGCAACUAUUGAUGAAGAUGAAGAUCCAGAAGUUUUAGAUUUGAGUGUCAAUGAACGUGCUAUAUUGGCGGAUGGUUACCAAGUUGGUGUUUUCAAUAGAUUCAACUCAAAAUUACCAUUGACACCAGAUAGAGAAGACACAUAUGAUUUGAUAUUUAAUGAAGCAUUGAUACACCUAGGCUUGAAGAAUUAUUCAAAAUCAUUGGAGUUGUUGGAUAUAGCUGAAGAUAAAUGUAAAGAAGCAAAUCCUGAUGAAGAAGAUCAAUUGAAUGAAACUUUCCCAAUAAGAUUACAAAGAGCAUACGUGCACCAAAUAAUAGGAGAAUUUGAAAAGGCUAAAGAAAUUUUAACUGGAUUUGAUCUUUCCAAACUAUCUGAUUCUUUAAACACUUUGGUAUUGAAUAACAAUUUGAUUUCAUUGAAAAAUAUAGAGAGCCCAUCUUUGGUUCUAAAAGAGUUGGAUUAUCCAAAUGUUUUAACAAAACUAAGCCCAAGAUUCUCAAUUUUACAAAAUAAUAAAUUUUUCAAAAACUAUGCUAAAUUAUCAACUCAAGUUGGUAAAAACAUCUCAACCAACAAGUCAUUAAAUGAUUUUACAAAAAGUGCAUUGGCAUCAUUAUCUAAAGCUGGCGUAUUGUUGGAUCAAGACGAUUUGAAAACUCAAGCUAAAAAAUCCUUCAAGUAUGCACAAUCCUCAAAAAAACUUUCAGCUUCAUUAGCUGCUGCUCAAUUGAAUGUGAAUAUUGGUAACCUUGAUGCUGCUGCUACCGUUUUGGAAAUUUUGGAGCCAAAAGAUAAACUACUACCUGGUGUUUCAAGUGCAUUACUAUCACUUUAUGAUCAAUUAGGUAGUUCCAAGAAAAGAUUAGCAUUGUUUAAUGAGAUUUAUGAGUUAUAUUCAAACAAGUCUGAAUUCCCAAAUAUUGAUGAAUAUGAUUUCAUAAAGAUUCUUGCAUUAAAAUUUCAUAAUGUUGAGACUGAAAAAUCCAAAACUCUAUUGAAUAAGUUGAACAAUUAUCAAAGUGAUGAUUUGAUUUCUAUUGUCUUGUCUCAAGAUUCUUCAGAUUCAUCUAAAUUACAACCAGUGGAAGAAUUAACUGCAGGGCUAAAUGUUGAUGAAUUGAUUUCACAAGGUGUUGAAAGAUUAUCAAAACAACAAGUUAUCUCAUCCAGUGCCAACAAAGUUGUCAAGAAAAGAGUUAGAAAAAAUAAGAAAUUACCUAAAUCAUUUGAUGAAAAUAAAUUACCAGACCCUGAAAGAUGGUUACCAUUGAAAGACAGAAGCACAUAUAGACCUAAAAAGGGUAAAAAGAAGUUAACUAAAGAUACUCAAGGUGGUGUUGCUGAUAAUACUACUGAAGAAAACUUCAAUGCUACACCAAAAGCUAAACAAGCAAAACCAGCCCAAAAGAAAUCAAAAAAGAAAGGUGGUAAAUGA